AAACCCUACUGCAAAAUGCUUCCCUUUCAACAAAGUUAUGACUUGGGUUUUGGAACCCCUCAAGGAUUCCAAAUCCCAGAUGAUUUGGGUUUUGAAACCCCUUGCGGAUUCCCAAUCCAGGAUGAUCCAGGUUUUGGAACCCCGUGUGGAUUCCAAAUCCAGAAUGAUCUGAUUGGGGAUUAUGAUUUCUUGGAAAAUAAUAUGAUCGAUUUCUCAGUGGAAAAUAAUAGUAUGGUCGAUUUCUCAGCCGGCAAGAACGUCAAAGAAGUAAGCAAAACAACAGAUUUAACAAGCAAGAAGGAUGUGCAUCGCGAGGUCGAGAGGAAGAGGAGGAAAGAACUCUCAGAUCUUUAUGCUUCUCUCCGCUCUCAUCUUCCCCAUCAUAAGAUCAAGGGAAAGCAAAGUGUAUGUGAUCAUGUACAAGCUGCUACGAGCCACAUAAUUCGGAUGGAGAAGAAGAUCCAAGAGCUCGAAAUUCGCAGAAACAAGCUGAAGAGUUGGUUCAAUAAAAGUUCAGUUGAGGUGGAUGUAAAAAUAGUCUCGAAAGGAAUCAUGGAGAUUCUCGUAUCCAAUAGCAUCGAUGAUAAUUUAGGGUUGUCGCGAGUUCUUGCUGAAUUACGGAGAAAUGAGCUUGAUGUGGUUAGCAGUGUUUCGACAAGAACGAAGGACAGGUUUGUCCACAAAAUACAGGCUGAGGCUGUAGGUAUAGCAAAUCUUGGUGCUUCGGAGCUGCAAAAUAGAUUGAGCAAGGCCAUCAAGUGAUUCUCAUUUAUUUAAUAUAUAUCAAUAUUCUUUCAUUUGAGGUAGAGUAGCACAUAUGGUUUGAAGUGUUUUGGUUGAACUUUUACCUAUCAAUAUUCUGUGUGAGCAACAUUAUUACUUAUUAAUUGAUGGAAAAACUUUGGUUUCUGAUGA